GAAAGUGCAAAUGCCGUUCCUCUUCUUCUGGAGACUCCAGCAACCUCCCCUUCAUUUAAUCUUGAUAUGUACCGCGCCUGUCUUCUGGCUACAGUCACUUCCUUAUUGGCUCAACAGGUGACUACUUCUUUUGGCCUAAAAGCUUAUCCAAAUUAA